GCACCUUCUAACCUAUGGACGCACGGAAGAACAUGACUCCAGCGAGGUUUCACUGACUGCUUGCAGUUCACAAGAGGAGAGCAGACUGUUUCGGAUCUGGAGAGGUUGGAGUGUACUGAAGGCAUUUAUCGGCUAUUGACACACCAGGCACAAAAGUCAAAAUGGCCCAUGGCCUCUUGAAUUUGGUAUUUUUGCUGAGUAUAACUGGCUGCCUUUGUCAAAGGGAUUGCACUGGUGUGAAUUGCCCUGAAUUGCACAACUGCAUCGAAGAGGUUUUAGACACCGGAGCGUGUUGCGCUACCUGCAUGCAAACAGGCUGCAUGUGCGAGGGUUACCAAUAUUACGACUGCAUCAGUGCUGGCUUUAGAACUGGCAAGGUUCCAGAAGGCGAGUCGUACUUUGUGGACUUUGGGAGUACUGAAUGUUCCUGCCCACAAGGAGGUGGACGGAUCAGCUGCCAUUUUAUUCCAUGCCCUGAGCUUCCGACCAACUGCAUAGAAUUGUCGGAACCGUCGGAUGGGUGCAUUCAGUGUGAGCGAAUUGGAUGCGUUCACGAGGGGCAGAAGUACGAAGCUGGACACUCAUUCCAAAUGGACCCUUGCCAAGUAUGCCACUGCCCAAAUGAAGGUGGGAACCCAAUGUGCUAUCCGAUUCCAAACUGCGACCCAAAUCGCACUUCAAAACCCAUGCUGACCACAACAGCUGAGGAAAGCACAUCAGAAAGCCGUUACCAAGAUCCUAUACGACACAUUUUUAACCAUCAAAGCUUUAGAGGUCGCUUUAACAAACACUUUCCCGUACACAGCGAUAGCAAUCUUCCUUUUAAGCUACAUAUGAGAAACGUAGAUGAGAAGGAAGAGGAUGACGAAGACUAUGAUUAUCCUCCCACUGAUUCCUUAGCUCCAUCUCUGCAUGAUUUUGCUGCUCCCACGGAGUCAUCCAUCAUCGCUGUAUCUCAUUCAGAUAAUUUUACCCCCCGCCAGGGCGUGCACAGAGGAGCCAAGCAAGAGCUGAGGGAGAUGUUUGGUAUUCGUAUGUCCACAACAGACAAGCCGCAGUUUCCUUUCUAUAAGGACAGUACUGACAGGAUGAGAGCUGGCAUUCAUAACGACAAACCAAAAAAUGAGCUAUUCAGCCCUCUGAAAUAUAAAACAGACCGGGAACGAUUCAUCCUUCCUGUGGAAACUACAAACAGAGUGGGAUUCUCCACACACAAAGAUAACACAGAGAUACAGAGCUUUAGUCUUUAUAAAGACAACUCCAAUCAAGAGGCCCAAAUAGAUGAUGAACAGCUUGAAUUUCCUUCAGAAACUACUGAUGGGGAUACAUAUACCUCACAGGAAGACACCACAUACAGCGAAACGGUUACUGACUCUCCGGUGACUGUUGAGCAAUCUACAUCUCCGCUUUGGGAAACCACAACUUCAUUGCAGACCACUUGGGACGGUGUAUCAGAGAUUCCAAUUCAUUCACAUCACAUUCACCUCCACACUGUGGAAACAGACGGCUCCAAAAAAGAAGAAACGAUCACAAGAGGUUCUAGUAAGGAAAAAGCAGCUGUUUUGAAUUCAACUACUAGCACUGAUGGCCUUCAGUAUGAACAUAUCCUAAGUAUUCAAAGUCCCGUUAAGCAAAGUGUGACCAUCCCUACCAAAACUUUAACAGAACAUGGAAAAUCAGAAGCAGAACUUGAAGAGGAACACAAAAGACUUUCAGUGGACCACAGAGAACCUUCUGUAGACCACAAACAACAUCCUGCUGAACACAUAAAACCCCUUGAGCGCCAAAAAGCAGAACAUGUGCAGACUUUAGGAGAACACAACACUGAGCUUGAAAGGAAACAUCAGUGGCAGUUGUUCUCUCUAGUUAGAUUUAGUCCAACCAGCCCACCUUCAAACAAACAGUCCUAUAGUCUGUUUAACUUCAGAGAGGAGGAGGAAGAGGCAGACAACACCCUCAGAACUCAUUCUAGGAUGGAGGAGGGAUUGGUGGAGAGCUGUUGUGUGGCUGGGCAGAAAUGGGCAGAGGAGAACCAGCACUGUAACCGUAUGCCUGUCAAAACAGAAGACCUCAACUCUGUAUGUGGUGUGGUCCAGAAGCAGUGCUGUUCAGGUGCUGUAAGAGAGAACAGGUGUCAGGCUGGCAUGAAUGCAGCAAGGGCUGGGCAUGCCUGUGAGGGAAACAGCCCUCUCUGUGGAGAAGAUUCCCAAACGAAUAAGGUGCCUGUGGAUUUGGGAUUGACAGGAUGUGAUUGGCAGAUGGCGGACACAGAGGGCAUGACAGGAACAGCUGGCGGCGUAUCAGACAGUCAGUUUCCGAAGCAAGCAUUGUCGGUUGGGGAUGUGGAUCCUGCAGCAAAUUCACUGGAGUAUUUGGAGCAGGAUGACAGGUGCCAGAGAUAUGCACCGUUCUGCCAUCACACCUGCAUCAACACUCGUGAAUCCUACCUGUGCGCCUGCUACCCUGGAUACACACUCCUGCAGGACACCCGCACCUGUGUGCCAGAGAACCAGGAAGAAGACAACAGAGUAAGUGAGGAAGACAGGCUGCUUACUAUAGCUCCAGCAAGACAAGAACCUGCUACUCAAACCCUGGUCUUACGUAACCCAUGCGCAGGUAAUGGGCCCUGCUCUCAGCAGUGCUCUGUGGUUAGAGGACUGGCCCAAUGUUCCUGUUUCUCAGGAUUCUCUCUGAUGGCUGACGGACACACCUGUGAAGAUGUGAAUGAGUGCACAAGCGGCAGACACAAUUGCUCUCGGGACAUGGUGUGUGUGAACCGGGAGGGCUCCUACCAGUGUGUGCGACUAAAUGAGAUGUGCGAUGAGGGCUUUAUUCUCAACCAGAAUAGAGAUUGUGUGGAUGUGAACGAGUGUGUGACAAACACGCACACCUGCCAGGCCGAUGAGCGCUGCGUGAACACAGUAGGAGGGUUUGUGUGCGAGAGGCAGAUCUCAUGUUCGAGCGGUUACCAGCUGAGGAAUGGAGUAUGUGAAGACAUCGAUGAGUGUGUUAUGCGAACCCAUAACUGUGGGAUGGGCUUCCAGUGCCAGAACACUGAUGGCUCCUUCACUUGUAACCCGAAGCAACGCUGCCUCACAGGCUUCAUUCAGGACUCACACGGCAACUGCAUCGACAUCGAUGAAUGCAGCAGUGUGAAAGAACCAUGUACGUCUGGCUUUAACUGCAUAAAUACUGUGGGCUCUUACACCUGUCAGCGCAAGAUUAUCAUGUGCAGUCGGGGUUACCAUUCCAGCCCUGAUGGAGCACGAUGUAUUGAUGUAGAUGAAUGUCAGACGGGCACCCACCGCUGUGGAGAGGGCCAAAUCUGUCACAACCUGCCCGGGAGCUACCGCUGUGACUGCCAAACCGGCUACCAGUACGACGCUGUUCGCCAGCUCUGUGUGGAUAUUAAUGAAUGUGACAACAAUCCCUGCAGUCAGGAGUGUGCAAACAUUUAUGGCUCCUACCAGUGUUAUUGCCGAAUGGGCUACUACCUGAAAGAGGACGGGCACACAUGUGAAGAUAUCGACGAGUGCUCACAGAGCAUUGGAAACCUCUGUGCAUUCCAGUGUGUGAAUGUCCCAGGUAGCUACACAUGUGCCUGUCCUCCCCAUGGUUACUCUAUGUCACCUAAUGGACGCACCUGUCAAGAUAUUGACGAAUGUGCCAUUGGAUCGCACAAUUGCUCUGCUUCCCAGACUUGUUUCAACAUCCAAGGAGGCUUCCGUUGCUUUUCAUUUACAUGUCCAGACAACUACAGGAGAGUGUCAGACAUACGCUGCGAGCGAGUAAGUUGCCCCAACUUCCAGCAGUGCCAGACCAUGCCAUUACGCAUUACGUACUACCAGCUGAGCUUCCAGACUAACAUCAUCAUCCCAGCUCAGAUCUUCCGCAUCGGACCCUCGCCCGCCUACUCGGGUGACAACAUCAUCAUCAGCAUCCCGCGAGGAAAUGAGGAAGGCUACUUCAGCACACGGAAGCUUAACAGCUUCACGGGUGCAGUGUACCUGCACCGGCAGGUGCGGGAGCCGUGGGACUUCCUCAUUGACGUGGAAAUGAAGCUGCUGCGUCAAGGAACUUUCACAACUUUCCUGGCCCGCAUCUAUGUGUUCAUCACAGCAAACUCCAUGUGAUAUUACACUCGUCUAAUGAUGCCUUUGAUUCCGCAUGGUGCUAAACUCUUCAAGCUUUUGGCUUGAAGUUGUUUGUCAUCUGGCAGAUCUUUAGGCUUCUGUUUGCCUAAUGGAUUUUGCUUAGAGAGACUUUGAUGGGACUCUCCCACUGGGAUCCAACCUCUUUUUUUGAGUAGAGUUAGAACAAACAGGAUGGAGUACAGAGACUGACAGAAACAUUUGGCUUUAAAAAGUCCUGGUUUUUCCUCUUCACAUUUUGAAAGUACUCUACACCAGCUGCUAUUUAUACUGUAUCUUGAUUGCCUGAAACUUCUUUUUAUAGCACUUCAUUAUUUUUCUAACAACACUAUGUUUCUCCUUGGGGGUUGGCAGAGUAGAGCUGAGGUAGAGUUACACAUUUGUAAUGGCUGUCACAGUUGCUUCUUAGGCCGUUCAAGUACUGUGCCAUUUAAACAUCAAGUAAUUUCACAGCUCAUUCGAAAUAACUGAUAACUUGAAAAUGUAUCCGUGAUAAUUCACAUGAGUACCUCAGUUCAGAGCAGACCAGCCUGCGAAAGAGAACAUGUCUGUAAUCAUUGCGUUAAACACUUGCAAUUAAAGAGGUGUAUGAUUGUUAUUAUUAUUUCUAAUGUUUGUUUCAAAUGCGCUUCCUUUGUAGCUCUUGGUGCUAAUAUACCUUUUUGGAAACAUUUGACACACAUACAUGAAGAGUGUGUGAGCUCCAAAGCAGCACUGAGAAUGUUUUCAUUGUUAUACGUCUUUUCGUAUGUCUUUACUUUGUAAUACUGGACCUGUUUUGAUGUAUUACUGUCUUGAAAAUCCAUCUCAGGGUUAAAGCAUAAAAUCAUCUCGAUAUACUCUCUAACGCACAGCAUAUCUGAAAUCAUAACAAAAUUCUACUCAUUACCGAGAAACAUAUUAGGUAUCAACAUAAAAGCGUUUCAUUCUCAGAUUCGUGGAACAACCAAAUGCAUCAGUGUAAUAAUGCAGUACAUAUUAUCUGCCUUAGUGGAUUCAGUUCUUCAAUAAAGC